AUGGUCUAGUUAAGGUGGGUUGGAUGGACUGCACCUCACAGGAACAGCUCUGUGACAGUUUCCAGGUGACCAGUGGAGUGACUGCUUUGUUCCCACCUGGAAGUUCUCUGGAUCUACAAGGCAGCAUACUGUGGCUGAAUACUCUGGACAGUAAGGAGAUUUACAACGAGGUCAUCAACCACCUGCCUGAUCUGGAACAACUGACCAGUAACAACUUCCAGAGUAAGCUCGCCCAUCAUCGCUGGUUGGUGAGUUUUAUGUUUGGAAACGGAAGCCCCGCCUCCAAUGCCAUUUAG